UCUGGAAGAAGGCUCACAAGAAGAUUCAUCGUCACUGAAGGCAUAUUUGAGAAUUCUGGAAAAAUUGCUCAACUACCCAAACUGCUUGAGUUAAAGAAAAAGUUCAAAUAUCGACUUAUUCUUGACGAAAGCCUAUCAAUUGGAACAUUGGGUAAACGUGGUGCUGGAUUAACUGAUUAUUACAAUAUCAAU